UCAUCAGCUGUCAGUACAGUGCCCGAAUGGCUUCCUGUUUCCUGUGUCCUACUGCUCUCUGAAAGAUGGAAUAUAGUUUACUUUCUUUAACACCCGUUUUUACAAACUUCUACCGUGUGCGGAGCAACACACCGCAGAGACCUGGACCCGGAGUGUGCGGGCAGGGAGCAGCAGCGCUGUCAGGGGGCUCACCAUGCUGUUCUCCCAGCUGCCAGAGGAUGUUCUCUAUCAUAUCUUGGCUUAUUUGGACUACAGAUCUCUCAGUCGCCUCUCUCAAGUUUGCAAAACGAUUUACCACUUUGUAAAGCGGGACGCUGUGUGGAGGAAGAUCGCUCAGGAGUUUUUAAACACUGGAAUUACUCGGGAUGGGACGGACAUAUAUCCUCACAUCCCGCUGAAGGAGAGAGUGAAGAUAGCUCAAAACUGGUAUGAUGGGGUCUGCAAAGGGGCUGUUCCUCUCAAAUGGAAAACAAAACUGUUGCCAUGGUUGCAGCUGGAUUGGGACACACUGUUUCUGUCUCAGGCUGCUGAUAUUGGAGCGUACCAUCUGUGGCAAGACUCCGGGAGGCUCCAGCGUAAGCCAUUUGAAAUCUACUCGGGACACAAGGGUGAUGUCUGUCGCUUUGUGUUGACGGACUCUCACCUGAUCAGUGGUGGAAGUGAUGGCAAGAUCCUGGUCCACAGCAGGAGGAGUGACAUGUCAAUCGAGUUAUCAGGUCAUAACCAGGAAGUCAACUGCCUGGACUCUAAAGAUGGACUCAUCGUCAGUGGAUCCAGAGACCAAACAGCCAGGAUUUGGACUUUGACUUCCACCUGCCCCAGAGACACAAUAUCCCUGUAUGACAGAGUGUGGUCUGUUGCUAUUAGCCCCACACUGAGGUCCUUUGUAACAGGCACUGCAUGCUGCGAAAACUACUCCCCUCUUCGCAUCUGGGAUGUUGAACGGUCGGAGUGUGUGAGCAGUCUGGGCUCACAGUUUCGUCGCGGGGCUGGUGUGUUGGACAUGGUGUUUGAGUCUCCAUUCCAGCUCUUCACCUGCGGCUAUGAUACUUUCAUACGCCUGUGGGACCUCCGACUCAGCCCACGGAAGUGUGUGAUGGAGUGGGAGGAGCCUCAUGACAGCGCUCUGUACUGCAUCCAGACAGACGGGAAUCACAUGAUAGCCAGCGGCUCCUCGUACUACGGUGUCGUACGACUGUGGGACAAACGACAGACUGAAUGCCUGCAGUUCUUUCAGCUGAGCUCAGACCAAGUGAGCAGCCCGGUUUACUGUCUGAGGUUCACUAGCUCUCACCUGUAUGCAGCCCUGGCCACCGCCCUGCACUCACUGGACUUCAGACAGAACCCCAUCUACAUCAGAUGAUACACACAGACACGCACACACACACACAAACUGAUCUGUUCAAUAAAGCUGUCUAUUUUCACAAUAAA